AUGAUGAAUCAAGGUAGCCACUACAACAAAAAUUCUUCUACAAGAACAAAGUUCAAUUUCAAUAAAAACACCUUACGUAAACAUAUUUCCCGCAGCAUCCUAGAAUGCUUUUUAGCCACAGAAGGAUUCCUGGCACACAUGCCAGUGGUGUUACCUAAAAACAUCCUUCCUGAUAAAAGAAUUCUUUAA